AUGGCAACAGGAGAGAAGAAAGUGGAGACAAGAGUCAGUACAGCACUUGCUACCAAUGAGAACAAACGGUUUGAGCUUGAAAAACCCAACUAUCAGCUACAAUUCACUCUAGAAGGGCACACUAAAGCAGUAUCUGCAGUCAAAUAUAGUCCCAAUGGAGAAUGGUUAGCAAGUUCUUCUGCUGACAAACAAAUUAAAAUUUGGGGAGCAUAUGAUGGGAAAUACCUGAAAAAACUAAUUGGUCACAAACUGGGAAUAUCAGACAUUGCUUGGUCAUCAGAUUCCCAACUUCUUGUGUCUGCUUCAGAUGACAAAACUCUUAAAAUAUGGCACUGUUUUACAGGGAAAUGCAGAAAAACCCUAAAGGGACACAGUAAUUAUGUCUUUUGCUGUAACUUCAGUCCCCAAUCCAAUCUCGUCUACUCGGGCUCUUUCGAUCAAAGUGUGAGGAUAUGGGAUGUGAAAACCGGAAGAUGCCUCAAGUGUUUCACUGCUCAUUCAGAUCCAGUAACAGCUGUUCAUCCUAACUGGAAUGGAUCUUUGUUGGUGUCGAGCAGUUAUGAUGGUCUCUGCCGAAUAUGGGAUAUAGAAGCAUGUAAAUAUAUUAGAACAAUUAAUUCUGAUAAGAACCCUCCAGUUUCUUUUGUGAGAUUCACUCCAAAUGGAGAGUACAUUCUUGCUGCAACUCUGGACAAUACACUUAAACUGUGGGACUAUGGAAAAGGAAAGUGCCUGAAGACAUAUACUGGCCAUAAGAAUGAAAAGUACUGUAUUUUUGCUAACUUUCCUGAGACUAACCCAGAACUAAUUGUGUCAGGGUCAGAGGACAAUCUGGUUUACAUUUGGAAUAUUGAUACAGAAGAGAUUGUGCAGAAGAUACAAGGACACACAGAUAUAGUGAUCUCAACAGCUUGUCACCCAAAAGAAAACACCAUCGCAUCAGCUGCCCUAGAAAAAGAUAAGACAAUAAAACUGUGGAAGAGUGUCUACUAA